AAUGAGCGUCUGGUGUUUUAUUCUGCCAUCUAACAUAAGGAUAGCUGCAGUAACUUGUAUUAAAAAUCGCAUACUAAAGUCAAGUUGAUAUUUAUCGUUGCUAUGAAGUGAGAGCAAAGCUAACGAAAGCUAUCAAGGUAUCAUCAACAUAUUGGACAUUGUGUCCCCUCCAUUACUACACAAUCUAGUAAAUAUUUAGCACAAAACCAUGGCUGUGGUGACCGGAGAAAGCCUCAAAUCAGAGCUGGAAAUGUUCGACAUAGCCUGCCAAGAUGACACAAUCCUCGACAAGAUGGUGGAGCAGUGUAUUUGCAACAGGAUACAGGCAGAUGAGAUGGUGCUGGAGUGGGUGGCCUACAGCACAACCAAAAAUGGACUAAAACUCACCACCGACACCCUGGAGUAUUUUGAACAUGAGGUGUUGAACAAGAAGAAUAAAUCCAAACAAAGCUUCAAAAAAGAAGAAACUCACAACAGAACCAGAGACAUCCACUCGCUGCAGGACUUAAUCAAAGCUGAGGAAGAGGAGGAGAACCUACUGGACGCUUACUCUACCCCUGCUAAGGGCUCUCAGAAGCGAGCGCUGACCACUCCUGAGCACCCUCACUCUAAAAGAAGUGCAGCUCUGCUGACCAGCCCCGGCCUGCUGCUGUCUCCGGCCAGCUUUUCUCCCAGUUCAACACCGUCACAGAAGUACAGCCAGCGAGGAGCGAAAGGGGAGGUGGUGGUUUCUUUCGGGGCCGUGCAGGGGACCCGCUGGGCCGGCAGGAAGGAGUCAGGCACCGGCGUCCAGCUGGAGCUCCUGGAGGGGCCCGAGGACUCGCUCCGCUGCAGCUACAAGUACAUGUUCCAGAGGCUGCGAGACGUUCGAAACGUGUUGACGGAGAAGAUAGAGGAGCUGGGCGAGGGACUCAAGGCUCACUUCAACAUCGAAGAGUUCUCCCCGGUCUCUCUGCCCGCUCAGGACAGUAUCACAGUGCUGGGUCAGGUCAGCUGUGACAGUAAUGGCAAACUGAACGCUCACUCGGUUCUCCUGGAGGCGGGUCCGGAGCAAGGCGGGCAGCAAAUACCUGUGGACCUAUCAGAGCUCAAAGACUACUCCCUGUUUCCUGGUCAGGUGGUAGUGAUGGAGGGGAUGAACACAACGGGAAGGAAACUGAUGGCUUCCAAACUCUACGAGGGAGUCCCUCUUCCUUUCUUCACUUCUGAGGUGAAAAUGGAGAUGAGUGAAGAGCCCUUGAAUGUGCUGGUGGCAUGCGGACCGUACACUCCCUCUGACAGCCUGACCUUUGACCCCCUGCUGGACCUCAUCAACGUCAUUGUCAGGGACCGUCCUGAUGUCUGCCUGCUGCUGGGCCCUUUUGUGGAUUCCAAACAUGAACAAAUUGAGAAAGCUCAGGUGACCGAGACGUUUGAGGCCAUUUUCUCAAGAUGUGUCGAAAGCAUUGUGGACGGCACCCAAAGUGUUGGCUGCCGCCUGGUGUUCGUGCCCUCCCAGAGAGACAUCCACCAUCACUUCAUCUACCCUCAGCCUCCCUUCAGCCUGCCGAGCCUCAGCAAGGACCAGGCCCAGCGCGUCACCCUGGUCCCGGACCCCUGCACCCUGCUGAUCGACGGGGUGACCUUCGGCCUGACCUCCACCGACAUCCUGUUCCACAUGGGCGCAGAGGAGAUCAGCUGCGGCACAGGAACAGACAGAUUUUCCCGCAUACUGAAACACAUGCUGACCCAGAGGAGUUACUACCCGCUGUACCCGCCCGUGGAGGAGGUGAACAUGGAUUAUGAGAAGUACCAGAGCUUCGGUCAGAUGCCGCUGACCCCCGACGUCCUGGUUAUUCCCUCGGAGCUGAGAUACUUUGUCAAGAACGUGGUCGGCUGUGUGUGUGUGAACCCUGGACGGCUGACCAAAGGCCAGGUGGGCGGGACCUACGGCCGGAUGCUCAUCCAGCGCAGCGCUGCGUCAGACGACGGGAUGAGAGUGAGCCCCUGUCUGGCUGCUCAGGUGGUGAAAAUCUAAAGUAAAAUUAUGACUUUGAAAGCUCUUCAAAAGAAAAGAGCUGACUGAACCAGGACCAGUUUGCAAGCAGCUUUAAAUGAUGUGCUCCUCAGGCACGCUGAUGGAAAACUUACAGAAACAAUCUACUGUGCUCAUUGGGUUUAUUUUUAUACAACAAACAUGUCUGGUUGGUGGUUUCAUGACUGUGGUGGAAUGUGAGUCGCUCCGACAGCCAUAACAAACUCUUUUCAAUAAAUUAUUGUCACUCUUUG